CCUUUGACAUGGAUAGGUUAAAUGUUGGUGUGAUCAUGGAUACAAUUGUUAGUUUUGGCUAUGAAGAUGUUAUGAUUAAGAAUGUGUAUUACACAACAAUUGGAGGAAGUGUUAUGAAAUUGCAGUGUUUGGCUGGUGAUGACAGUAUUAGGGACAUUUUGCGCAUGGUGCGUGUUGAGGGUUGUGUUGAUAUAUAUGUUGAUCAUGAGGUCAAUUUUGCCCAACUUGCUUUUCCACAAUCCUGUUGGGUUGGUAACAAUGUAGUUGAGGAGGGAGGCAGACAUGAAGAAAGGGUAGAUGAAGAGGAAAGUGGACAUGAAGAAAGGCUAGGUGAGGGUACUGAUGGUGAGAUUAGUGGGGGAGUAGAUGAAGGUGACUUAGGUAACAUAACCCAAGAGUACCCUAUUGGCAGUAAGGGUAAUACUGGGAAUACAGUUGAGAAAGGUGAAUGUAGUAAGGGUAAUAGAGGUAAUUGUGGAAGUGGAACAGAGCUUGGGUCAACUGAUGGUUAUGUUGAUGAUUGGAGCUCGACAGUUGAUGAAGUAGAACUUCUUUGUAGUAGUGAUAAAGAUGAUGAGGAGUUAAUUGAUGUGAAGAAAUGUGCAAGGUCUAUUAGGAGACCAACAGAAGGGUUAGAAGUUCCCAGUGGGCUUCAAACACCAAAAGGGGUCAAGUACAAGCAUGUUGCAAAGAAGCCAACCCCUAGAUCUACUCCUAUAAAAAAGCCAACCCCUAUAUCUACCCCUAUAAAGAAGCUAGCCACUAGAUCUGCUCCAGUCUCUAGGGGUAAGAAGGUUGCAUCGUCAAAUCCUGCUGAGUUGAGUAGGUUGAGGAAAGAGAAGGCAAAGCUUGCAGAAAAAAGGUACAAAACACUACCUCAUUGGAGGGAAUGUCAAAAGAGAAAGGAUUCAACACCAACUAAACAAAAGAAAGGAGAUCCUCUACAUCCUUCUAAAGGUAUUCCUGUUGAGAAUGAUGUGUCUGAAAGUGACAAUGAUGGCAGAGACAGUCACUAUGAAAACAGUGAUGAUGCUGGGAAGUUGAGGGAUUCAUCUACUGAGUCUGAAGAAGAAAAUUUGUUUUUUGUUUCAUCUGAUAUAGCAAGACAAAGGAGAGCUUCUAAUGUGUACUUUAAUCCUUCUUGGGAUGUACCAUUCUUUGAAGUUGGUAUGAGAUUUCAAAAUGCAGCACAAUUCAAGGAAGCAGUGAGAAAGUAUUCUGUGAGGAAAGGUUGUCCUUUACUUCAUAUAAGGAACGAGCCUAAGAGACAAAAGUUCAUUUGCAAAUUUGGUUUGUGUUGUUGGGAGAUUUACGGUUCAUAUGUCAAUAAAGAUGACAGUUUCCAGAAAUGUGUUAGAGCCAAGAAGAUGGUGUUGAAGGAGAUGGAGGGGAGUUUUAAGGAUGAGUAUGCCAUGAUUCAUGCAUUUGGUGGGUAUUUGAAGGAGGUCAAUCCUGGAAACUCAGUUUUCAUUAAAACUGAAGAAAAUGAUGUUGGCAAUGAGGUCUUGAAGAGGAGACCAGAAGGAGGUUGUUUACCACCAGUGUUGAGAACACCACCAGGACGACCAAGGAGGAAUAAAAGAAAAGAUAAGCAUGAGCCUAAGAGAGUUAAGGUGGGGAAAUUCACCAGGUUGUCCAAGCAUGGGUCUGUGAUGAGUUGUCGCUUGUGCGGUCAACAGGGACACAAUAAAGCUGGAUGUCCCAGAAAGGAGGAGUUAGUAAGGACCAGUCAAAGCAAUGUUGAUAAAAAGCAUCAAAAGAAAAAGGCCAACCAAAAACCCAAGGUGACUACAGGAAAAGGAAAAGGGAAGAAGGUGCAAGAACAAACUGAAAAAAUUGCCAAAAAAAGGGUGAAUGAUGCUAAAGGCAAGGAAUCACUUAAAAGGGAAACGAGGGCCAAAAGAAAGAUUGAUUGUGUUGGAGGAGUAAUCAUCAAUGAAGGCAAAAAUGACUCAAGAAAGAAGACAAAGCAAUCAUCUAUAAAGGGAAAAAAGAAAGCAUGACUCAAUGUCAUUUUAUAUUUUCUUGUUUUGGGGAUGUACUUUGAACUUUUGUAUGUAUAUGUUGGUGGUUUGUAAUCACAUUUGACAGUUGGUUAUUAUGCCUUGUUUUGGGGAUGUACAUGUGGUUAUAAUGCCUUGCUUUAUUAUGUCUUGUCUUGCUUUAUUUCAAUGGCAUUAUAUUCAAUCAAAUUUGCUUGUGUAG